GCCUCGCUAACCUCGCAACCUAUCUCUCGGCGGCGGCGGCGGCGUCCGAGACCGGCGGCGAGCGGCCGGGGCGGCGGCAGCGGCCAUGGUGCACGUUAGCUUCUACCGCAACUAUGGCAAGACUUUCAAGAAGCCAAGGCGUCCGUACGAGAAGGAGCGUCUUGAUGCCGAGCUGAAGCUGGUCGGUGAGUACGGCCUCAGGUGCAAGCGCGAGCUAUGGCGUGUGCAGUACGCCCUCAGCCGCAUCCGCAAUGCUGCAAGGGAGCUGCUCACCCUCGAUGAGAAGAACCCUCGGCGUAUCUUCGAGGGCGAGGCUCUCCUGCGCCGCAUGAACCGCUACGGUCUCCUUGGCGAGGGCCAGAACAAGCUUGAUUACGUGCUUGCGCUCACCGUCGAGAACUUCCUGCAGCGCCGCCUCCAGACCAUUGUCUUCAAGAACGGCAUGGCUAAAUCCAUUCAUCAUGCUCGCGUACUCAUCAGGCAGCGCCAUAUCAGAGUGGGAAGGCAGCUUGUCAACAUCCCCUCAUUCAUGGUGAGACUUGAUUCAGAGAAGCACAUCGACUUCUCCCUCACCAGCCCACUCGGUGGUGGUGAGCCUGGAAGGGUGAAGAGAAAGAACCAGAAGAAGGCCUCUGGUGGUGGCGGCGGCGACGGUGACGAGGAGGAAGAGUGAGUGUGUUCUGUCCAUGUCAGCUCUCGGUUCUGUUAGGACCUAAUUUUGUGGGAACUUGUCUUGUUAGGGACCUAAUUUUUGUUACAUGAGUUUUGAAACAAAAGUUAGCCAUGCACCGAGGGCUGCCAAAAAUUGUUGUUUACAUAAUUUGAUCAUUGCCAAGACUUGAUUUGAUUUAAAGUUUA